AUGUCGUCUUGUCCUGGAGCAUUCGCAGAGACGUAUUCCCAAGUCAACCUGGCCAACAUCGUCCUGUAUUUCGCCGUCUUCCUCGGCAUCUCCAUUGCUCUAUGCUCCGUCCGCAAGAAGAGCGGAGCUGGAAGGAAGAUACUCGGAUUACCUUAUAUCCUCGCGAUAUUCCUCUUUCUCCUCUCAUAUGGCUUGGAGCUCAUCGCCGCUAUCCUACAAGAAUGCGACACUAUAAACACGGAUAGGUACUAUUCCUUGCUCAUCGCGACCAACGUGUUCUGGUACCUCGCCUACUGGCUGCUCCUGUUCGUUGUUGUCUACGUCCUGAACACCAUGCUCCGCGAGCGUCUUAGUGGCGUGACUGCAGUUUACAAGGUCAUCUAUAUUGCUAUCCUUGGAGUCAUGUUCGCCAUCACUUGCGGACAAAUAGGUCUGACAUGCUACAACCUCUGGACCCAGACGGAGGCUGGAUAUGACGCCAAUGCAGAUCUGAUCGUCCACCCAGCGGAGCAGCUCAGAGUUGCGUAUAGUGUGCUGUAUCUUAUCAGCGUGAUUGCUUCGGGGGCUCUCUCACUAAUGACCAUUGCCACUCUCCGAUCAAGGCGGCACCCUGUAGGCGAUCUUCAAGGCUGGAUCAUCGCCCUAAUCUUCUCCAUGGUCAUAUGGGUUCUUCUCUCCGUUGUUUUUGCCGCCGCAUACCUCCAGGACACGUUACUUACAUUCGAGGCGUCAGCAGCCUUGACGUACAUUAGCAACUUCUUCCAAGCACUCAGCUUCAUCUUCCUGCUGGGCAUUGCAAAGCACGCAGCGUGGAACAAGACCGCAGAGAGCGCUGCAGCAGCCCAAGGCUAUCCACCUGUCGUCGCGCAACAGCAAUAUUACUAUCAGCAACCUCCGGUGUACAACGGAACAGGGACGCCGGGUUCGCUUCACGGGCAGGGACAUUUGUCACAAGUCAAGUAA